AUGACUUGGAGGCACGUACCGUCACGGCAGAAUCCGGCGGACAUCUUAUCUCGUGGAUGUACCCCUAUUGAGCUGAUGGAAUCAAAACUUUGGAGUGAAGGACCGCAGUUCGUACUCACUGAUUCUUCUACGUGGCCCGAUGACUCGCCCCCUGUCAAGGAACUUCCUGAGCGUCGACGCAGCGCAUUGGUGCUGUCGCAGGAAAUGGACAUCUCACACAGUUGCAAGUUUGGAAACUCGUUUUGGAGAAUGCAGAGAGUCUUCGGAUAUAUAUAUCGGUUCCUUCAAAGGGUCAGCAAGGAUCGAGUACGGCAUAAAGGAGAGCUUACAGUCGAGGAAAUCAAAGAUGCAGGAGGUCUAAUGCGCGUCGGCGGACGCCUUCAAAAUUCGCAGCUGGAUUUCGAUGCCAAACACCCUAUGAUUCUUCCCAAGUCUCAUCAUAUAACCUCAGCUAUCAUUGAUCAUUUUCAUCGCAAGUUCCUUCAUGCAGGAGCGCAGAGCUUGUUAGCCGCUUUACGACAGAGAUUCUGGCCCAUUGGAGGGCGCAAAACGGUUUCUGCUGUCAUCAACAAGUGCAUUCAAUGUUUCAGAUUAAAGCCCAAGCUAGUAGAACACAUCAUGGCGCCGCUCCCGGAGGACCGAGUGCAGCCGAAUCGCCCAUUCGUCAUCUCUGGAGUGGACUUUUGUGGCCCCUUUUUGAUUCGAAGUCAGAGCAAGGCCACACACUUGGAAGUCGUCGAAGACCUUUCAACGCAAUCGUUCAUAGCAGCCCUGAAGCGAUUUAUAAGCCUGAGGGGAAAACCUCAAACUAUUUGGUCAGACAACGCAACGAACUUCGUGGGAGCCAAAAACGAGCUAAUUGAACUUCGGCAGCUGUUUCUGAGCGAUCCUCAAAACUUGGAGCUAUGGAAUUCCCUUACGUCGAUGGAGAUCCGCUGGAAUUUCAUCCCACCUCGUUCUCCGCACUUCGGUGGCCUGUGGGAAGCCGCGGUGAAAUUUCCGCAAUUUUAA